AUGACUCUCACCGUGUUAACCGACGACCAGAUCUCGGGGCUGGUCUCCAACUUGACCAAGGAAGAGCUCCAGAGGUUUAUGGGGGUUUUGAGAGGGGCGUUGCACGAGUAUUCAACCGCCACGACUGUCCCCUCUAAAGAAAAUGCUGCCGCCACCGCCGCCCCGGAGAUCCACCAGCCGGAGAGGACGUCGAUAAACAGCAAGGCCACCGGGGCCACGACGUUGUUCAUGCCGAGUUCUAGCUCUGUCGGGACGGGGAUGAAAGUCGUCACGUUGACCUCCCCUUCUGCCGAAGGGGAUGAAGACGCACGCCCAAAGGAAAACAUCAAACCCACCGGCGCGAUAACGUUGUUCUCACCUCACGGCACGCCCCUUGGAUUCCUCCACGCCUCUACUCUGACGGCCUUUCGCACCGCGUUGGCUUCCCUGCUGCUCAUCUCGAAGCGAGACCCCUCGUCCCAUUUGAAAACCAUUACCGUUUUUGGGACUGGUGCCCAGGCGUACUGGCAUAUCCGGCUCUCUUUGCUUUUGCUGGGGCAGCAUAUCCACCAGGUCAACAUUUUGUCCCGGUCGUUCUCGCCGCCGGUAUCCUCCCUCCUCAAGUCGUUUUUGACAUGUCCAAACAGGGAGAAGGAAGGCUGGGAAAACACCCAGUUUUCAGUUUUGACGCCGGCGCAUAAUGAGUAUGAGAGGUUGCUGAAGGAGCAAUUGCUGGAGUCAGAUGUGAUUAUCUGUUGUACUCCGAGCACGAAACCGCUGUGGGAUGGGGGGAUUCUGACCAGUCAUGAGGGGAGGCAGAAGGGGAGGUUGAUUGUGGCUAUUGGGAGUUAUAAGCCGGAUAUGCAGGAGAUUCCGCAGGAGGUGAUACAGCAGGCGUUGAAGAGGCAUCAUCACGGGGUGGGGGGGAAGCAUCACUGGCAUUGGCAUAAGCAUGCCGAGGAGGGAGGGGUUGUGGUUGUUGAUACGUUGGAUGGGGCGUUGAAGGAGGCGGGGGAGUUGAUUCGGGCGGGGUGCAGGCCUGAGAUGUUGGUUGAGUUGGGCGAGCUGGUGAUGCUUAAUGAUUAUCACGAGCACCGUCACCAUCGGCAUCACAGGGAUGAGAAGGAGAAUAACAAACAAGAGGUUGGGGAGAAGGGCGAGGAGCAGGAUAAGGAUCACCGGAAACUGGCCAAGUGGCUUGCGGAAGGGAAUGUCAUUUACAAGAGUGUGGGCUUGGGGCUGAUGGAUUUGAGUGUGGGGAUGGAGAUUGUGAGGUUUGCUGGGGAGAAGGGCGUGGGGAGUCGGAUCGAGGGGUUCUAGGGGGGCUUUUUGAGGCCUGGUUCGCUGCGGUUUUAGACACCUCAUCGCUUUCAGGAGAAAUGGAUUGGUUAGGGGAAACAGAACAUGAGUUUUCUGUGGGGGGUGGAGUGAAUUUGUAUGUUAUUUGAGAGGUACAUGCAUGACACAUUGUCUGGUUAGCAAGGGCUCUCUUUUCUGUCCACAGCGUGGCGGUAUACCCAUCACCUACUCGUCUUGUCUGUUGCUCCAAAAUCCCCAAACUUUCUCUCAUCCUUCACGCUCACCUUGACCAUCACCCUCUCCUUGGGCUCCAGGAUAUGCACCGGCAGCACCCCGUCCUCCUUCUCCGGGAUCUUCCCGCCUACAACCUCGAUAUCAAACUUGGUCACCACCAUGGCAAUCAACAACCUGACAACAGCAAGGGCAAAAUUCCUCCCCGGACAGAGCGUCUGCCCCCCACCAAAAGCCCUAAAGUUCUUGAAGCUGACCCCCUUCAAGAACCUCUCCGGUUUGAAUUCCCUCGCGUCCUCCCCCCAGUUUUCCUUAGAGGCAUGUAUCGUCCCCCCCGAAAUCUGCACCACCGCGCCCCCCUGGAACCAGUACUCUUUUCCUUUGACUUCAACCUCGACCCCCUCCUUUGGGACCACCACCCUCGUGGAGUAAGUGUCGCUCCCAAGCCUCAAACACUCGUUCACCACCGCCUCCAAGAGCAGCUUGGCAUCCCUCAACCUUGCCUCGAUCGUCUUGCUGUUAGGAUCAACAGCCAACUCUGCCCUUAAUCCCCCCAGGAGUUUUGGGUCGUUAAACGUCUGCAGUACACCCCAGAAGCUCGUCGUAGCGGUGUUGACGAUCCCGGCGAAUAGGAAGCUCACUUCGGACCUGGCUACCUCUUGUAGCUCCCACCCGUGUUUCGCGGCCAUGGCUACCCGGUUGGCGAUGAUGGGUGCCACGUCUGCCUCUUUGUGUUUUCCGUUUCGGAGCCAGGCCGCAAAAGACUGGACCAGUUUCUCCCUUCCGCGGUAGGCCUUCCUCGCCGUCACCUGGGGACAGAUGCCGACCAGUAGCCCGCCGAGGCCGUGGUCGAAUUCCCAGAAUGACCCCUCUAAUCCCUCCAGGGGGUUUGACGCGCCGUAGAGGCUGCGGGCUGUGGCCAGGGCGACGAGGUUCCUUGUCCAAGCGAGGAGAUCGAUUUCCCGCUGGGAGGGAGGGGGGGGGACGUAAGCAUUCAGUAGCGAUUUGAGUUCGUGCUCCAUUCUGGAGAGGAGAGCGCUCAUUUCUUCUCCGGGGGCGAGGGUUGAUUUUACCAGGUCGGCCAUGUCGGCUAGGAAGCCUAUGUGCUGUCCUGGGAGGGGGUCCAUAGCCUGGCUGAUGACGUCGACGGUGUGGGGGUUUAGACCGAGGACUCGCUUGGUUAUGUUCGGGAUGAGGGGGGUGAAGGAGAGGGUGGAGGGAGGGAGGCGUUGGAGGGUGAGGGCGAGGGUGGGCGAGGUGAUGAUGU